AUGACAUUUGAUAAUCUUACAAAUUAUUCUCCAUGUCUUAUGUCACCCUAUUCAUUAUCGCAUGUUUCAUCCGAUAUUAAAUUACGUUUUUCGCUUACUGUUACAAUAGUUAUUUAUUUAAUUUAUUUAUUACCAUUUUGUUUUGGUGUAUUUGGUAAUAUUAGUGUAUGUCUUAUAUUUUUUCAACAAAAAAAAUUACGAUCAAUAACAAAUAUAUUUUUAAUGAAUUUAUGUAUUAAUGAUUUAAUUGUAUUAUGUGUAUCAAUACCAAUGACAAUUACAAGUGUAUUAAUUGAACAUUUUGUAUUUGGUUCAUUUUUAUGUAAAUUAAUUAAUUUUACACCAACUGUAACCGCUCUUGUUUCAACUUUUACAGUUGCUGUUAUUUCAGUUGAAAGAUGGUUUGUUAUUGUUAAUAAAAAAAAAUUUAAUCGUAAAUGUAUUAUUAUUACAUUAAUAUUAUUAUGGUUAGGAUCAAUAUUAAUUGCUAUACCAGAAUAUCUUUCACGUACAGUUAUUGAAUUUUCACCAUCUGAUAUAACAAAAUUUGAUUCAUUACAUAUAAUGAUGAUUAAAAAUUAUACUUAUGAUCAACAACAACAACAACAACAAUUACAACAAAAUAAUAAUCAAACAAUGAUAAUGAUACAAAAACCAUGUAAAACAUUAAAAAUUUAUUAUUGUAUAACAAAACCAGGUUUAAAAACAAGAGUCUAUACAUAUACAAUUUUAGCUGUACAAUAUUUGGUUCCAUUUUUAUUUGUAUCUAUUAGUUGUUAUUCAAUUAGUCGAUUUUUAAAACGACGUAUUGAACGAAUGAAAUAUUAUAAUCAACGAAAAAAAAUUGAUCAAAAAUCUUUAACAAAACGUUUUAAUUAUAAAACAAAUGAGUCAACAAAAAUUUAUUCUCAUAAUCAUCAUUCUGAUAUUGAUAAUGAAUUAACAAGUAAUGAUGAACUACCAAAAAUAAUAACUACAGAUAAUAAUUUAAUAAAAGAAAAAGAAAUAUGUGAAAUUGAAACUGUAUCACAUUCUUCGAUUUUUACACGUUUAAGAUAUAUUUUAUCUCAAAAACAUCGAUCACAUAAUAAAAAAUAUUCAUUACAUUAUACAAAUCCACAAUCAACUGUACUAAUAGAAGAAACAAUUCGUCCAUCAUCUACAAAUAUUUAUAAUAAUCAUCCUAAAAUACAAUCUCAUACAAAACGUCGUUUUCAUAAAAGUCGAAAAUUAUUAAUUUGUGUUGCCGCUGUAUUUAUGUUAAGUUGGCUUCCAUUAUCAAUUGUUCAAUUUUAUCUUGAACAUAAUGAUAAUAUAUUAAAAACACGUGAUGGUGCCAAUUUUGUCUAUCGUGUAUUAUUAAUUCCAUCUUAUUUAAUUACAUCUUUAUCGGCAUGGAUUAAUCCAGUUAUUUAUAAUUAUAUUAAUCGUAGUUUUCGUCGUGAAUUUUAUGCACUUUAUUCAUGUUGUUUUAAAAAUCAACGAGAUAUUAAUAAUAGUCGUAUUACAACAACAAUGGCAAUGUCUACAUAUAAUACUAGUCAACAUCAAACAUCAUUAUUAUUGUCUAAAAAAGAUGGAAAAUAUUUAACAUCAACAACAAUACCAAUACCAACACCAACACUAACAACUGAAAAUAUGAAACCAAUUCGUACACGUGUCACAUUUGUGGAUAAUAAAAAAUUAAUAGAAGAUAGUCAAACAUGUCAACUAUAA